AUGAUUGACCAUGUUCUUGGGAGACCCUCAUCCCAAUUUCGCAAAGUACAAGUUUUCGCGGUCGUUUCCUUCUGGUCGUUCUAUCUCUUGAGAGGCGACAUACAUGGCCCACCAUUUAUACGAAAUCUAUCUGCUCGUCUUGGGAAGAGAUUCACCCCUUGGCAGACUGUUGUCCUGACUCUUCUUUGGCUGUAUGUCGCUCGCAACUUUGCCAAAAUAACCGGCCUUGAAUCACCCGAACCCUUAGCGAAUCUUUACAGUCGAGCGUUCUUCCGAGCAACAUGGAUCACAACUGCGCUGGAUGCAGGGUUCUGGAGUGCUAUGAAAAUAAGGAACAAAAAGCUGAGAGAUAUAGCGUCGAUUAUUUUUACAGUGUACUACCUGAUUGCGGCCGAGCAAGCAGAUGAGAAGGUACGCAAGAUUAGGGCGGUCAUGACGGUUGACCAUUUGCGAGUGGCCUGGAAUAAGCCGAACACUCCAUACUUGUCUUUUUUCACUCGGAUAAUGCGCCCACGCUUUACACAAUACAAGCCCAGGAAAAUUCGCAUUCCCAGACCGAGAUCGUCGAUGUACAAGGAGCCAGUGAAUGCGUGGAUGUACUUCAACGGAACAUUGGCGGAACUGAGAACCCAGACCAAGCUCGUCCUUGAUAUACCAGGGGGAGGUUUUGUGGCUAUGGAUCCAAGGACAAGCGAUGACAAGCUGCUGGCUUGGGCGGGAAAGACAGGCUUGCCAAUAUUGAGCUUGGACUACCGGAAGGCACCCGAGUAUCCCUAUCCGUACGCACUCAACGAAUGCUAUGAUGUCUAUCAUGUGAUUGUCGCAACCAGAGGUCGAUGCAUAGGCAUCGAAGGAGAAAUCUGUCCUCGCAUCGUGCUUACAGGAGACAGUGCUGGAGGGAAUCUUGCUACAGGAACAGCAUUGAUGAUCAUUCAGUCUAAUAUGGCAGGGGGGCGCGGCAUGACUCUCCCAUUGCCAGCGGGCCUCGUUCUAAUGUAUCCAGCACUCGACAUGAACAUUGGGAGCUGGAUGACUGAUGAUCAAAUGGCCCUAAUCAAGAAUCCUCGAACAGCACGGAAACACGAGAACUUCAUAAAACGAAAAAGCGAAGAUAUAGACAAUCGUUUCACGCCCAGCACACCCCGUCCCUCUGAUGAUGACGGUGAAAGAAACACCAAACAUGACUUCUUCAGUGAUCGCAGCAGCAACAACAACGACGCAAAAACCAACAAUCACGACAUAUCAGCAUCCCAGAAACAGCAACCCAAACUAGAAACCGACGUCGAGGCCCAACGCCAGGCCGUCGCUGUCUCAAAACCCCAACCUCUCAAGACCCGUCUUGCCGUCUCGUCCAUGAUUUCUUACUUCGGCGACCGCAUCCUCACCCCGGAAAUGAUGCGAGCCAUGAUAAUUCUAUACGUUGGUCCUUAUUCGCGUCCUGACUUCACGACUGAUCAUCUACUCUGUCCCGCCGUCGCACCCGAACCUCUCCUCACGCGGUUUCCAAAAACGUACAUUCUGACGGGUGAGCGGGACCCGUUGGUUGAUGAUACGGUUCUAUUUGCGGGCCGGUUGAGGCAAGCGAAGUUACGUCUUUUCCAAGAACGCAAGGAUCUUGGUCUAGAGAAAAGUAAUGCGGAAUUCGAUGAGAAAAAAUAUGUCGAGGUUGCGCUGAUUCCAGGAGUCAGCCAUGGGUUUGUUCAAUUCGUGGCCGUUUAUCCCGAGGGUUGGAAACACAUCUUUCGGUGUGGGAGGUGGAUUGAGGAUCUUUUUGCGGCGCCCCCUACAGCUUUUGAGUCGCAGACGAGUCUAAAGGGACGGUUGGGCAACGCCAUUGGCAUGGCUGGGGGUACGGGGAGUGGACUGGAGAUUAAUGGCAGUGUGAAGGGAGGAGCGAGUGGGGGUGUGACAGGAAAUGGAAGUGGCAGACACCACAGACGGAUCGGCACGGCAGAGAGUAGUGGCGAUGAGGAUAGACCUUUAGAGAUGAGCUCCAUCCAUCCCAGUACCGGCACACCACCAGCAUCACUAUCUCUUCCAGAAAGGAAAAGCCCGCCUGGACCUGGCACCACUACUGCCAACUCGAGCGCCUAUGCAAACUUUAAGCCGACAUUGAUCCCCAAGCCUGCCGGCCUGAAAAUUAACCUCGACGCCAAAGACGCGAAUAGCAAUCUCAGGAAGGGGCACAUUGAUAUGUUGCAGGAUGCAUCUUCCGAGGAGGAGCGGAGAGAGAGACAUCAUGCACGCACGAAGAGUGCAACGAGUUUGGGGAGUGAAGAGGAUUUGCUGAAGAGGAGGAUGCAGGGUCUGACUGUGGGGUUGUUGGGCGACGGGUAG